CUGGGGCCUGAACGAUGACUCUCAGCAGCAGCUCCUGCAUUUGCAUUUGAUGCAGACUUCUUGCAGACUUUAGUCGCGGGGGGACGCAGCACCGCGGAUGGAUCUCAACUCAACGAAAACUUCGCCGAUCGGAUUUUUUUUAGAGCGGGAACGCCGCUCUAUUAAAAGUGCUUCCGCUUCGCUGUUUUGAGUCUUGUUCGAGUUGAAAGAAGCGGUCCGGGCGUCACGGAUUUUGUUUGUAUUUGAAAUAUAUCUGCGUUCGAAGCGGCGCGGACGGGACUAGCUUUCCCGGCGGAGGAGCACCGAAUCCGCACAGCGACGGCGCGCCGGUGCACACGGUUCACCGCCGAGCUCGAUCCAGACGGAGUGCGCUUAAACUGGAGGGUUUAACUCCGGGACGCAUCGGCGCCGCGUCCGAUAAACAACAACACGCCGCCGUUAGCGAAGCAACGCGUUGAACCUCCGCCGAACCGGACCGUUUUUAUUUUUAUUUUUCGAAGGGAAGUUGUUCCCGUGCUUAAAAAAGCAGCAGCAGCAGCAGCAACAACCGCGCGGACUUCUCUCUCGACCCUGGAAGGACUCGACGCCGAAGGCUCAAGAUGUCAAUUCUGCCCUUCACUCCCCCCAUCGUCAAACGCCUCCUGGGCUGGAAGAAGGGCGAGCAGAACGGCCAGGAGGAGAAGUGGUGCGAGAAGGCGGUGAAGAGUCUGGUGAAGAAGCUGAAGAAGACGGGACAGCUGGACGAGCUGGAGAAAGCCAUCACCACCCAGAACGCCAACACCAAGUGCAUCACCAUCCCCAGGUCCCUGGACGGCCGUCUGCAAGUGUCCCACAGAAAAGGUUUGCCCCACGUCAUCUACUGCCGCCUGUGGCGCUGGCCCGACCUGCAGUCCCACCACGAGCUGCGGGCGGUGGAGCUGUGCGAGUACGCCUUCCACACCAAGAAGGAUGAGGUGUGCGUCAACCCGUACCACUACCAGCGGGUGGAGACGCCAGUACUCCCACCAGUGCUGGUGCCCAGACACACGGAAAUCCCCAGUGAGUUCCCUCCUCUGGACGACUACAGCCAUUCAAUCCCAGAAAACACCAACUUCCCUGCUGGCAUCGAGCCCCAGAGCAACUACAUACCAGAAACGCCCCCCCCCGGCUACCUCAGCGAGGAUGGAGAGACCAGCGAUCACCAGAUGACCCACAGCAUGGACACGAGCUCCCCAAACCUGUCGCCUAACUCCGUUUCACCCACACACAGCAACUUGGACCUCCAGCCGGUGACGUACUGCGAGCCGGCCUUCUGGUGCUCCAUUUCCUACUACGAGCUGAACCAGCGGGUAGGAGAGACCUUCCACGCCUCGCAGCCCUCGCUGACGGUCGACGGCUUCACGGACCCGUCCAACUCGGAGCGGUUCUGCCUGGGCCUGUUGUCCAACGUCAACCGCAACGCCGCCGUGGAGCUGACGCGCAGACACAUCGGCCGCGGUGUGCGGCUGUAUUACAUCGGCGGAGAAGUGUUCGCCGAGUGUCUCAGCGACAGCGCCAUCUUUGUCCAGAGCCCCAACUGUAACCAACGCUACGGCUGGCACCCGGCCACCGUCUGCAAGAUCCCCCCAGGAUGCAACCUGAAGAUCUUCAAUAACCAGGAGUUUGCCGCCCUGCUGGCCCAGUCCGUCAACCAGGGGUUCGAGGCCGUGUACCAGCUCACCCGGAUGUGCACCAUCCGAAUGAGCUUCGUCAAGGGCUGGGGGGCCGAGUACAGGCGACAGACGGUGACCAGCACCCCCUGCUGGAUCGAGCUGCACCUCAACGGCCCCCUGCAGUGGCUCGACAAGGUGCUCACACAAAUGGGCUCCCCCAGCAUCCGCUGCUCCAGCGUCUCUUAGGGGCCGUGGGGGGGGUGAGGAGGGGGGAGACCCUUCACCCACCCACUUCAGAACACACACAGACUGCAUGCAGGUGCACAGCUAGACAAGUGCAGAAAGACGACGAGCCCCUGGUACC